AUGGAUCAGGUUGUUGCCUCUGCGAGGAAUGCGACCCAGGCAGGGAAGCAGUUCGCCUCCAGCUCCGCCGGGCAGCUGGCGAGGAUCGAAGGCCUUGUGACGGUUAGCUGCCUCCUCGUCGGCGUCCUCGUCAUCUGCAACUCGAGGCGGCGCCACGACGGCGGCGCCCUGCUCAGACUCCUCGUAUGGGGAGCCUUCAUGUUCAACUACCCGGUGAUCUCCUACACCAUCGGCCUGAUGCAGUCGUCGUCCAUCCACAACGAGCUCUUCGUCGUCUGGGCCUGCUUCCUCCUCCUCCUCCUCGGCAGCUCCGACACCAUGACGGCGUUCAACUUCGACGACAAAAGCCAGCUGACGAGGUCCAUGAUGAACCAGGCCCUCCACGUCGUCUACCUCAUCUUCCUCAUCCUCUACUACAAAUCCCAGCUCCGUGGGAGCUUCCUGGUCAGCCUGUUCCUGCUCUGGAGCUUGAGCGUCGUGCGGCUGGGCCUGCGGGUCAAGGCGUACCUGUCGACGAACCGCACCCGUGGCCUCAUCCGGGACAACCAGAUCGUGCACGAGUACACGAUGUGCGCCGAGCGGGAGAGCCGAAGCAGUCCACCUCGCCCGGGCAACUGGGACACCAAAACCAUGGAUAAGUACAUCUACCUUGUCGACGGCAAGGAGGAGGAGAAAGUGCGCGACGGGGAGCAGAUCAUUCAAGUGGCUACCGGCGUCCCGGAGACGGUGGACGUCUCCAAGGUCUGGCAAUGCAAAGGGAAGCUGCUGCGGUUGGGCGGCGGGGAUCACGGCGCGGCACGGCGGCGGGACCUAUGCCUCUCCUUCGCCCUCUUCAGGAUGCUCAUGUUAAGGUUCGCCCCUGAUCAUGUUAGUUGGGUGGUUUUCCUCUUCCAGGAUGAGAAGUAUUGGGACUUUGUCGUCAAUGGGCUCCUCGCCGACGACCAAGACCUCGACAGAGCGUUCCGGGUGGUCAAUGCCGAGCUUGGCUUCCUCUUCGAUUUCUUCUAUGCACGGUACCCAUCGAUCAAGGACACAUUGGCUCCUGACCUGGCAGUGUAUUCCGCGAUCCUCGCAACCAGCCUAUUCACCCUCUUCUCCCCAGACCUUGUUCGAUACCAGCCACUUCCUAGUCCUGGAGGCAAUGGCAAUGCCAGCAACAUCAUCAUCCAUGGCUUCAAUCUCGACCUCCUCAUCACACGUCUGGUCAUUGCCUGGUACAUCUUUCUCGAGUCGUACCACUUCCUAGCCUUCAUCUUCUCCGACUGGCACAAGGUGAAGAUGUUGUGCCGGUACGUGCGCAACGAGUCAUGGCACAAGGUGCUCAUGGAGGUCCCACUCAUGGUGUUGUUCCACUUCAAUGUCACGAGGUACUGGAAGGGAACCAUCGGCCAGUACUUCCUCCUCGACAACAUCCGUCCUCACUGGAUCAAGACCUUCCUCUCAUGGUUUUCGAUUGAGGCCCAGGCCCUAGACGCGUGGCUAAUGACUCGUUCCAUCAGCUUGGAGCCGGAGGUGAGUCACGCCGUUCUCCGCAAGCUCAAGAACUAUGAAGGCCGCAAGAUCACCGACGGGAGGAUGUGGCUGUACCGAAUGGGCAUCAUUGACUUGGACCUCGACCGUGACGUGUUGCUCGGCAACUCGUACUCCAGGUACAUCAUGAAGUGGCACAUUGCUACGAGCAUAUGUGACAUGGAGGACACCACUACUGUCACCCAAGACCAUGAUGUCGCCAUGAAGCUAUCGGGGUACUGCGCAUACCUGUUGGCAUUCCAGCCAGAGCUGGUGCCGGACAACACGUAUAAGACCACGUCGAUAGCUCACGGCACGCUGCAAACUGCCCGGGAUUUUCUCGCCGGCUGCAAGUCCCGUGAGGACAAGUACAAGAAGCUGAUCGAUCUAGGACGAUUGAAAAUAUCAAGAUCACACGAGGGGCAUAAGAGGUGGCAAGACAUUCGUAAGAGCUCCGUGUCCGAGGAGGACGAGGACCGGAAGUUGAAAGAGCUACACAGUUUCACCCACCCCACAGUGCUAAACGAGGCCGGCUUGUACCUAUCCGGGGGCGCUUAUAUUGCCGUGUACCUCGUUGACCGGAUCAAGGAUGUCAACGAGAGGUGGAAGGUGCUCGCUGCCUUCUGGGCGAACAUGGUGCUAUACAUUGCCCCAUCGAAUAGGGCAGCCGCCCACGCCGCCAAGAUGGCCACCGGCGGCGAGUUUAUGACCAUCAUCUGGGCCCUGCUGACACACGCCAACGUAGUAAACCCGCUUCAGGAGGGUGGCGCUAACUUGGGGUUGCAUAUGUUGCUUGAAGAGGAAGAGAAGCAGCGCAAGGUGCUUGAAGAGCGAGAGAGGUUUCGCCAGGACAGGGAAGAGAGGUGGCGCAGGAUGCGCGAAGAGCAAGAGAGGAGUGCCGUCCAGAUCCAGGUCCACUCCUCUUGACCUGAUCUCAUCAGCACCAAGAUUUGUUGGUUCGAUAACUCUCAGUUGGGCAUGGGGCAAUGACAACUUCUGGUGAUGUUGCAUGGAUGAAUUAAUCAUUUGGAGGAUUAACUGCUGUUGGUAGACUCCAUACGUACGCAACUAUAUCUGC